ACGGUGAAUGGAUUAUUCCAAGGAUUCGACAAGGCAUGAAUACAUAUGAUACAAGUCUUUCAUUAAAAUUAUACGUGAUAAAUUUUCAUGAACCGAUUAACAGAUAGUCGUUGACUUUGUUACUUUACAAUUUUUCGUCUUACUUGGUUACUUACACGUUUGUUACAUCAAGAAUCUUAUUCUGUGACUCGGUUAUUAAAGAAGGAACAUUGUUAAAAAACGACGUUUGACUCGAAACAUUAAACGUUGAGCAAAUCUUAAACGAUUCCGUUGACACAGAAUGAUUCAUAUGGGAAUGCACGUACGUGUUUCAGAAGUCCCCUAGCACGAGCUCGCCUCCCGGCAAAAAGCCAAAGGCCCAAGACGAUCACAAUAAUGUAAUUAAUACUCAUUAAUUGUAAUAUCUGAACUUUUUUCAUCUGACCCAAAACUUUCUCAUACUAGUUGUUUGUUGAUCAUUGUAACACAUGACUUCAUAAAAACUAGCAUCAUCGCACUUUGAUGGGUUCACGCCAUCGUUUCUUGGAUGGUUUUCAUGGAACUUUACAUUUAUUAUUAUCUCGUCAUAAUUCCCCGUGUCUCCUAGUUCAAGCGUUUGCUUUUCUAAUUCAGUUCUGUGAUGCUUUGAUAAUUUAAAACUUUCCGAAGAAAAAAUGUUCAAAUAUAGGAUCGUCACGUUUUCUGUUCAAAUCAUUAGAUACCCGAGACUCCCUUAGAACUACACUAAUAGGGUGAUUGUAACAGUUUCUCUCUGAUUAGGCAUAUAACAGCACUGUGUGGUCUAUACUUGGAGCAUUCUCUCUCUCUCUCUUUUUUCUCCGCGCCUCUCUUUCUCUCUCUUGGUUUAAUCAUCUUUUUCCGACCGAGAACCCUUCGAAUCUCCCGAAACGCAGCUCGCAACAUCUAUAAACGAUUAGGACAUGAUAGAUGACCUAGUUUAAUAAACUCCUGUGUCACGUAACACAAAUCAUUGACUGAAUUCUCCUACACUCGUUAGAACUAAUAGAUUUAUUUGGUGUAGCUUGUUGGUGUCUUUUUGUCACAAUUAAUCCACCAUUAAUCACAUUGGUAUAGACUAAUUCUAAUGAAUGUACAUACAAAGACGACGUUCGUUCGAGACACGUAUAAGAGUGCGCGGGGUGUUUUUUUCAUUACCGCCGAUUUCGAACAAAAUGUAGCGGCCAAAGUCGGGACGGAAGUAAACGACCUCAGCGUGUGUGUACGCCGGAGGACGCGCGGAUCUCUCCUUUCCUUUAAAAACCGUGUAUAAUCUCGACAGGUUUCGUAGAGACCCUGAAGCCGCAGUUCGUACCUGGUCAAGUAAUGGCAGGUUCGGCAGCUGCCGCUAACGUGGUAGAGGAGAAACUGUCGCACUUACAGCUUCAACAGGAAAACGAUAAUCUGAAAUCUCAGGUCCGCGACCUCACUGAGAAAGUAGAAACUUUGCGACUGAAGAGGAUGCAAGACAAAGAACGGAUGAAGGACUUUGAAAAGACGAAGCUUCAGCUCGACCAGCUCAUCGAAUUCAAGACGAAAGUUAUGGAAAGCCAAGCUAGCCUUCAAAGGGAUCUUCAACGGGCGCGUCAAGAAACAAGGGAGGCGCACGCGGCUCGAGAACAGUUCCAAGAAGAAAUGGCAGAUCUCGCGGAGACCGUCGAGAUGGCCACUUUGGACAAAGAAAUGGCCGAAGAGAAAGCUGAAACCUUGCAAAUUGAACUGGAACAACUGAAGGAAAAACUGGAAGAGCAGACGUUAGACCUGGAGAUAUUACGAACGGAAGUGUCCGAGAGGGCCGCGGGUGGAGGUCCGACGACUACCGGAGUCUCGAGUUACGAGAUGAAACAACUGGAGCAACAAAAUAACCGAUUACGAGAGACCCUCGUCAGAAUGCGGGAUCUUUCCGCGCACGAGAAGCACGAGUUCCAGAAGCUUCAGAAGGAUCUGGAUCAGAAGAAAUCGGAGAUAUUGGAACUGGGUCGCACGAAGGAAAAAUUGUCGGCGCGCGUCGAGGAGAUGGAACAUCAGAUAGCAGACCUGCAGGAACACGUGGACGCAGCGUUGGGAGCCGAGGAAAUGGUCGAAGCACUGGGCGAGAAGAAAAUGGCGCUGGAAGAGAAGGUCGCCGAACUGGAAGAGGCCGUAGCGGAUUUAGAAGCGUUACAGGAUAUGUCCGAUCAGCUCGCGGAAUCGUCGAAGGAACUGGAACUAGAACUGCGGGAGGAACUGGACUUGGCUCUUGGCGCGGCGCGCGAUGCCUACCGUCAUCGGGACGCGGCCAUGGAGACGCUCGCGGAUCGCGAACUCACGAUCACCAAGUUUCGCGAGCUCACUCGUCAGCUACAAGAACAGUGUAUGCAGCUGCAACAACGAGUACAAUCGACCGAGAGUUCCGGAAUGGGUGGCGCGGAGCAGCAGCUGGCCGAGAUUCUCGACUUCCAGAAGACGUUCGCCGAGACACGGGCCCAGACGAAAGCCGUUGACCUUGAAUUACGACGACUGGAGGCCGAGGAAGCUAGAAAUCACGUGAGACACUUGCUAUCUUUCAUGCCGCCCGCGUUCUUAGCUCGGGGCGGAGAUCACGACGCUAUUCUGACGCUUCUGCUGAUACCGAGAAUGAUACAAAAGACCGAAAUACUCAUGUCGCAAGUGCGGGAAAAGUACAGAUCGUUGGAUAAGAUAGACAAAGCGGCCGUGUUGAAAGGUCACUCGGUGGCACAGUACACGUUCAGAUCGCGGCUUUGUUCGUACAUGUACGCGUUGCAAACGUUCCUCGGUUGUUUCGAUUCCGCGUUGAACGUUUGCUCAACCGAGAUGUUGCUCAAGGCCGGGGCAGCCUAUCCGGAAAUGGCCGCGCAGGAGAAAUCGUUGGACUCUCUGAUAGAUUUGGCCAAGAGGGAUCAGUUGGACGAAAAUCUGCCGACGGACGCUGUCGAGAAAUGUUGCGGAUACUUUUGUACCAUGUUCUCCGCGUUGUUCGGAGAAACGAUCAAUCAGGCGCGCUUGGUGGUUAACGGCACGAGAAUGUUGGACAGUUCUUGCGACGCGAUCGCGACCGACGCUGCGGCGAUCAAAACUUUGAUUCACGGAGACAGUGGCGACAUAGGCCUCCUCUGUCAACACGUCGAGACGUCGUGCGAAGUGAUCCAACAGCACUUGAAGUCGGCCAGGAGACGAGUACUGACUGAUCACUCCGCCGCGAUCCAUGCGCCGGAAUCGAAAUUGGGGUUGGAUGAUGACUGCAGCGAACAGCUGUUCGCGUGUUAUCACCAUUCUUCGAAAUUGAUGAAGACGUUACAGAUGUUGCUGAAGAGCGCCGUGCAGGCGAUCAUUACCAACGGCGAUCUGGACACGGGUCUCGGCGCGGACAAGCUGAAGGAGAUAGCUUCUAUGGCGUGCGAGAAGGUUUACGAUACCGAGGAUGUAGGACCGGUGGCUACGAUCAAAGCAAGUCUGACGAUGAUUCAACAGCAGGCGGCGAAUUUAGCGCAGAAGAUGGCGGAAUGCGAGAACGAGCUGGCGAUAAGUGGACAGCUGUCGCAACAACGCGAACAAGGCGCGGCGAAAGAAACCGAGCAGCCCAUCAAAGUUCGGGCACAACUGGCGAAGAAGGAAGCUGAAAAGAUCAAGGUGCUCAGCAGAAAAUUGGACAGGAAAAACGACGACAUACUCAAGGUGAGACUCGCUCUCAGAGAGAUGCAGGAGGAGUUGUGUCAGAUGAUCCUGAGGAAAGACGUCGCGGAGAAGAAGCUCGCGACUCAACAGCACGAGCACGAAUCGAACAUGGAGAAGAUGAAGAGGAAACUGGAAGAAGCGACGAAUCAAUUGAAACGAAAGGAGAAAGAGUUCGAAGAAACGAUGGAUCAUCUUCAGACGGACAUCGAUUCUUUAGAAAUGGAGAGGGGUCAAUUGAAGGAGAAAUUGAAAUCUGUCGGACGGAAGUCGACCGGCGGUGUGGACAACAUGUCUGGAAGCGUUACGUCGUCGUCGUUGUCCGAAAUUCAACCGUCGGACAACAGAUUCUUGGUACAAGAGAUAUACGCGCUGAAAGAAGCUUUGAACAGCGAAAAUCAGCAAAAGAAGAAGUUGAUGUCCGACGUGUUACGUCAGAAGUUGGACAGCUUGGACCCGAUAACUCCGCCUGCGCAACUGGAAUCGAUCAAUGCAAAAAUAGGAGAACUGAAACGAAAGACGAACGAUCUCACCAAAGACAUUAAGCAAGCGAUGACGUUCCCCAUCGUUCCCGACUUGAGGCAUAGCAAGGCACGCGGUCUGGAAGGCCCGGUAUUAGAGAAGGCAACGCCCGUUUAUCAAUUGUUGCAACGGCAGAUACUUAUGAGGAGAUUGAAAGAACGAACCGAUCAGUUGAUCAACGAAGUUCUAGAAGAGAUCGUACAGAGAACAAUGGGUGGAACGGCCGAGGCGAAUUUCGCAUUGUUCCCUAAUCGUGAAAUGGCGGCUGCCAUGCGGGCGAGCAAACUGCUAGCUGCCGAGAUCGCGAUCCCUCGUAAAGGCCACGAAAAAGUUUAUACCGUUAACGUAGGAACGCAGGAGCUUAGGAAAAUUCAUACCUUGCUCUGCUAUUAGUACUAGUCUCGUUUACUAAUGAUCGUGUGCUGUAUGUACGCUGCGGAACACGCGGUUAUCACAGAGGAGGAGACAUGUAUAGUUGUAAAGUACAAAUUCGUACUGUUGUUUCGUUCGUACUAUCGUUUUGCACGACGCGUAACUGUGGCAGCCUAAUUAAUCCAUCUUCUACGGAACGAAUAAUUAAUUUUUUACAUUCGAUAAUAGGAACUAAUUGAAUUUACUAGCCACAAUAGAAUGUUGGAACGUGCGAUUUUUAUUUAUUUUCCGAAUCGACUACGUGCAUCGCGUACAGCUGGUAGUCAGCAGCUUUCUUUAUGUUACCUUAUAAACUCAGCUGGUCACAUUCAUUGUUAUCAACAGUGUGAAUUAACAGUCUGAAUUAACAGUCUAUGGCUUCUGUAUAAUAAUAUCUCUCGCGACCGAUCAAAUAUACACGACUUAAAAAUAUUUACAUGAAUAUUAAUCCUUUACACAUGUCCCGUCGCGAAAUCAAGAAUAUCGUGGCACAGUCGUUCUCGGGAGGAGAAUAUAAUCUCGUCCACCUUGAACGUGUUGCUACCGUUUUUGGAUAAUGAUAAUUAUAAUUAUCGGUGCAGCCGGUUGUAUUGCCUUCGACACUUGAUGAAAUACAGACUAUGAUACAAUGA